GCCGGACCUGAUAACCUUGGGAAGGACCGGGAUGGGCCACAGACUCAACAUCAGCCAGGCUGCCCGCGGCGCAUGCUCAAGGCUCCCCGGAGUGGCCGCACCCGGAGUGGCCGCACCCGGAGUGGCCACGGGGGGCGCCCGAGGGCGGCCGGCGCUCUGGCCCGCUUCUCAAGCUCUGUGGCCGCCGCAUCUCGCGGCUGCGUAGAGAGCGGUCUAUGGAGGGCGCGCCGCCUCUGGAUCCGAGGGUACCAGUCCGGACGCCAGCCUGCACAGCCCUAACCUGACUGGCCCAGCCCAAGAGCCAUGACGCCGUAUGAUCCCUGACUUCAUCCUGACCGGAGCGGACCCCACCCGGAACCGCUUUGCCUGCCCCUACUCCAAGCCGGACCUCUGAUUCCGAUCCGGGCUCUGACCUGGCCUUGAACCCAGCCCGGGCCACCAGAUUCCAGGCCCAGCCCCAGCCCCUGAUCCCCCAGCACUCGCCCUCGGGCUCCCCGCGCUCCUGGCCAUGCAUGGGAAGCUCCUGCCGCUGGCCGGGCUCUACCUAGUGCAAGGCUUGCCCUAUGGGCUGCAGUCCGGCCUGCUGCCCGUGCUGCUGCGGGCGCGCGGCCUCUCCCUGACACGUGUGGGACUGGCCAAAGUGCUGUACCUGCCGUGGCUGUUUAAACUCGUGUGGGCCCCACUGGUGGACACGCGGGGCUCCCUGAGGGUCUGGCUGAUGCUCAGCACGGCUGCUCUGGGCCUGGUGUGUGGGCUGCUGGCAGUCCUGCCUCCUGCAGAAGCUGGCCAGGCUGCGCUGCCUGUCACCGUGGCGGGGCUGCUUCUGCUGCUGAACCUGGGUGCGGCUGUGCAGGACGUGGCCCUGGACACGCUGGCCGUACAACUCUUGGAGCCAGCCGAGCUAGGGCCUGGUAACACAGUGCAGGUGGUCGCUUAUAAGCUAGGGGCAGUGCUGGCGGGAGGGGGCCUGUUGGCCCUCGUGCCCACCCUCUCCUGGCCCCUGCUCUUUCUGCUCCUGGCUGCCAUCUAUUGGUUGGCUGCUGCCCUGGUCUGGGCUGCACCAGCCCUGCAGCAGUUGCCUGUAUCUCAGCCCUCAGAACGACCCCUCCGCACCCUGCACCUUCUGCAGGAAUUGCUGGCCAUGCCUGGUACUCUGUGGACAGCAGGCUUUGUGCUCACUUACAAACUGGGUGAGCAGGGCGCCAGCAGCUUGUUUCCGCUCUUCCUGCUGGACCAUGGCAUCUCUACUCCAGAGCUGGGCCUGUGGAACGGUGUGGGCGCUGUGGUCUGCUCCAUUGUAGGCUCGUCCCUGGGCGGGGCCCUGCUGGCCAGGCACUGGCAACCACUGCCUUUGCUGAGGUCUGUGCUUCGCUUCCGUCUUGGUGGUCUGGCCUGCCAGACCACCCUGCUCUUCCACCUGGACACCCCGGGGGUCAGGCUGGGCCCCAGCACCGUCCUGAGAGGGGCAGCCUUGUUGAGCCUGUGUCUGCAACACUUCCUGGGGGGCCUGGUUACAACCACCACAUUCACCCUGAUGAUGCACUGCAGCCAGCUGGCACCCAGUGCCCUGCAGGCCACACACUACAGCCUUCUGGCCACUCUGGAGCUGCUGGGGAAGCUGUUCCUGGGCACACUGGCUGGAGCCCUGGCUGACAGCCUGGGGCUGCAUCUCUGCUUCUCCCUCUUCCUUGCUCUCUCAGGCAUGCCCAUUCUGUAUCUGGGUCUGGCACCCAGCACCCUGGCCUGAGCUGGGCGGCCAGCCCACCUAAUAAAGCUGAGCGUGCCCACGG